AUGUUCCGUCGGCACAGCACAUACAAUCAGAGUACGACUCACAGUACGACUCAAAGUACGAGUACAAGCUCUACUGCUGUCGAAGACGAAGACGGCACUGUUUCAAUAACGACACCCACACCUCCAGGUUACGAUGACUAUGUUGAACGACCAAAAGCAGUUUCCUAUAGCCAGGGAUUUAACGACCAAGCUGUCAAAGAUCUUUUUCAAGUUCUCAACACAGUAGAUGGCCGCCAAGUAGCACGACGCUUUACGGAAGAGAGCCAACGGCCACACUCCCCUCUCUUGUAUCAUCAUACCGCGAAAGUACAAAGUACAGAUGAAGAGAAAGCAAAGCCUACACCACCAGCGCCGGUCGGUUUCUGGCACCAUGACUUGUCACAUACACGCAUAUUAUCGAUCUACUGGGGUGUUAUCUUCAAUGUCAAGAAAAACAUGCCAAAUGUCACCGUCGCUGUGGUUAGCUUUGAAGGUGUAGCGCCUUACCAAGACUAUACUCCUAUCGUCGGGCCUUUUAUACGCCAAGCCUGCGAAGCAGAAAUGGCCUCUCGUCCUGAUCACCUGGGCUUCGAGUUCCGCGAUCCUGCCGAGUACAACAACGAUCCGACAAAUGUACGCCUCGCUGUUCACAACGAAGACAUUUGGGCUGCUAUCAUCAUCAACUCCAACGCCACCGCCUUGCUGCAGGAGGCAGUUGCAACAGGAAAUACAUCCUACGACCCUCGUGGGGCUGCAUCGAUCGUGUACAUUCAAGCCCGUGACGUUGAGUCCUACAACUUUCACAUCGUACCGGUGCUAGAUAGUUUGGCUCUUGCAAUCACCACCAACUUCGGCUCAUAUUGGGCUCGAACUGUAUUUGCCAACAGUUCCUUGGACGUAGCGACAUACUCGAGAGCACCACAAGCAGUCAGUCCCGGAAUCAGCUUCACCAUGCUCAACCUUCGUCCUUUCGAUCCACCAGCUGCUAUACCGACAAUAACUAUUGGGCUGAUAUACCUCAUCAUCAUCGCUUUCUUCAGCUUCACAUUCUUCAUCCCGACUCACAUGAAAUUUGUCCUUCCAAACCCAGCCGCACCUCAUCCACCACUAAAAUUUGUCCAACUCAUCAUCUAUCGUUGGUGUGCAACAAUGGUGGCCUACUUCUUUCUCUCACUUGCAUAUAGCUUGGUCUCGCUGGCUUUCCUGAUACCGUUCUCGAAUACACCACCAGUAGGAUCUGCAUUGGAUGUCAACCAUGGAUGGAGCAAUACAGAACCUAUCCUCAACGCAAAUCCUUUUGGUCGUGCAACCUGGAUCGUCUAUUGGAUGCUCAAUUUUGUCGGCAUGGCGGCUUUGGGCCUGGCUUGUGAAAACAUGGCUAUGCUUCUAAGUUAUCUCUCACCAUUACCCUAUUCGGCGUUGUUCUUGAUAUUCUGGGUCAUCACGAAUGUAUCAACAGGCUUCUACGCUCUGGAACUCGCCAGCGACUUCUACAGGUGGGGUUACGCGUGGCCACUACGACACAUCGUACGAGGAAGUAAGGCGUUAGUAUUUGGUACAAAGGACGAACUGGACUUGAAUUUCGGCGUACUCUUUGCUUGGGUAUUUGUGAGCACACUACUUUUCCCUGCGGCCUGUUGGGUAAUGCGUCAAAAAGCCAUAAGGGACAGGAGACGUGCGGCUGAAGAGGAAGCAGAGGUGGGGAGACAUUGA